GGGGGUUCUGGAAGGACAGCUCCCAACCCCCUUGGUGAACCCACAGACCUUCUCGACCCUCCUCCCCACUUCUCCCCUUUCUUCACUGAGAGCAGUUCCCCAGGGUGCCUAGGGACUUCCGGAGCUCUACCGGAACCGGAAGCGUCGGUAGUGAGGGGGUGGAGCUGAAAAAAAAUCAAAAAAAAGCGCGGCGAAAGCUGGAGGCCGGAGCUGGCAGGUGGCGGACCCCAGGAGGGGUUGUGGCGGGUUCCAAUGGACUCCACCGCCUGUUUGAAGUCCUUGCUGUUGACCAUCAGUCAGUAUAAAGCCGUUAAGUCGGAGGCGAAUGCCACUCAGCUUUUGCGGCACUUGGAGGUAAUUUCUGGGCAGAAACUCACACGACUGUUUACACCAAAUCAGAUAUUACCAAGUGAAUGCUUAAGUUGCCUUGUGGAGCUACUUGAAGACCCAGGCAUAAGUGCACCACUGGUCUUAAGUAUCAUCAGCUUGCUGUCUCAACUAGCUGUAGACAAUGAAACCAGAGACUGUCUUCAGAAUACAUAUAACCUGAACAGCGUGCUGGCAGGAGUGGUUUGUCGGAGCAGCGCUUGCCAUAGUGAUUCAGUGUUUUUGCAGUGCAUUCAGCUUCUGCAGAGAUUAACAUACAAUGUCAAAAUUUUCCAUUCCGGUGCCAAUAUAGAUGAGUUAAUUACCUUCCUGAUAGAUCAUAUUCAGUCUUCUGAAGAUGAGUUAACAAUGCCUUGUCUAGGAUUAUUGGCAAAUCUUUGUCGACACAAUCUUUCUGUUCAAACAUACAUAAAGACUUUGAAUAAUGUGAAAUCUUUUUAUCGAACUCUUAUAAGCUUCCUGGCCCAUAGUAGUUUAACUGUGGUUGUGUUUGCACUUUCAAUAUUAUCCAGUUUGACAUUAAAUGAAGAGGUCGGGGAAAAGCUGUUCCAUGCUCGAAACAUUCAUCAAACUUUCCAGCUAAUAUUUAAUAUUCUCAUAAACGGUGAUGGCACAUUAACUAGAAAGUAUUCAGUUGAUCUAUUGAUGGAUCUCCUUAAGAAUCCUAAAAUUGCUGAUUAUCUUACCAGGUAUGAGCACUUUUCUUCAUGUCUCAAUCAAGUAUUAGGUCUUCUUAAUGGAAAGGAUCCUGAUUCUUCUUCAAAGGUUUUAGAAUUACUUCUUGCCUUCUGUUCAGUGACUCAGCUGCGCCACGUGCUCACUCAGAUGAUAUUUGAACAGUCUCCAUCUGGCAACACCAUUCUGGGAAGCCGUUCUAAAUGUUUAGAACCUACUGUGUCUCUACUUCGUUGGUCAAGCCAACCUCUGGAUGGGUCAGAAAACUGUUCUAUUUUAGCAUUGGAGUUGUUCAAGGAAAUAUUUGAGGACAUUGUAGAUACUGCUAACUGUUCCUCAGCUGACCGUUUUGUGACCCUUCUGUUGCCUACAAUCCUUGAUCAACUUCAGUUCACAGAACAAAAUCUAGAUGAAGCCUUAUUAAAAAAAAAAUGUGAAAGAAUGGUCAAGGCCACUGAAGUUUUGUUAACUCUGUGUGGAGAUGAUACUCUAAAAAUGCAUGUUGCAAAAACUCUGACUACUAUCAAAUGUACCACUCUGAUAGAACAACAAUUUACAUAUGGCAAGAUUGACCUGGGCUUUGGAACGAAGGUAGCAGAUUCUGAAUUGUGCAAACUUGCUGCUGAUGUAGUUUUGAAAACUCUUGAUUUAAUGAACAAACUUAAACAGUUGGUUCCUGGUAUGGAAGUAAGCUUCUAUAAAAUCCUUCAGGAUCCACGCCUGAUUACUCCCUUGGCUUUUGCUUUAACAUCAGAUAAUAGAGAACAAGUACAGUCUGGAUUGGGAAUAUUACUGGAAGCUGCUCCACUGCCAGAUUUUCCUGCUUUAGUACUUGGAGAAAGCAUAGCAGCAAACAAUGCCUAUAGACAACAGGAAACAGAACAUAUGCCCAGGAGAAUGCCCUUGCAAUCACUAAAUCACAGUCUUCCAACUUCAGCAAAAUGUUUAACUCCUCCACUUUUGAAAGCUAGAGUUCCUGGGUUGAACAUUGAGGAAUUAAUAGAGAAACUUCAGGCUGGAUUGGUGGUAAAGGAUCAGAUUAAUGACGUGAGAAUAUCUGACAUAAUGGAUGUAUAUGAGAUGAAACUGUCCACAUUAGCCUCCAAAGAAAGCAGGCUACAGGAUCUUUUGGAAGCAAAAGCUCUAGCCCUUGCACAGGCUGAUAGACUGAUUGCUCAAUAUCGCUGUCAAAGAACUCAAGCUGAGACAGAGGCACGGACACUUGCUGGAAUGUUAAGAGAAGUUGAGAGAAAAAAUGAAGAGCUUGGUGUGUUGCUGAAGGCACAGCAGGUUGAAUCAGAAAGAGCUCAGAGUGAUAUCGAGCAUCUCUUCCAACAUAAUAGGAAAUUAGAGUCUGUGGCUGAAGAACAUGAAAUACUGACAAAAUCCUACAUGGACCUUGUUCAGAGGAAUGAAACCACUGAAAAGAAGAAUAAAGAUUUGCAGAUGACAUGUGAUUCUCUGAAUAAACAAGUUGAGACAGUGAAAAAGUUGAAUGAGUCUUUCAAACAACAAAAUGAAAAAACUAUUGCCCAGUUAAUAGAGAAAGAAGAACAGAGAAAAGAAGUACAGAACCAACUAGUAGACAGAGAAUGUAAGCUAGCAAAUUUGCAACAAAAAACAAAAGUACAAGAAGAAAAGAUUAAAAUCUUGCAAAAAGAAAGGGAAGAUAAGGAAGAAACCAUUGAUAUCCUUAGAAAGGAAUUAAACAGAACAGAACAGAUAAGAAAAGAAUUGAGCAUUAAGGCUUCCUCCCUAGAGGUUCAAAAGGCCCAAUUAGAAGGUCGUUUGGAAGAGAAAGAGUCGCUGGUGAAACUUCAGCAAGAGGAGUUGAACAAACACUCUCACAUGAUAGCAAUGAUCCACAGUUUAAGUGGUGGAAAAAUAAGUCCAGAAGCUGUGAAUCUCAGUAUAUAGAUGUUAUGUAUUUAUCUUCCGGGGGAGGUGUGGUAGGGAAGGUAAUUUGUGACUCCGGAACAAUAGCAAAUUAUUAUCAAAUUAUUAAUUUAGUAAAGAACCUGAUCUGAUAAAUAUUUUUUAUUUGAUCUUAAAAGUUUUAUGUCCUGUUUCUGGCUUUUAUUGCUUAAAGCUUUCUUUGGUUCUUAUAUUAGAAUGUUCUUCUUGACCUCCAUUAUUGUUUUUCUGAGGUUUUUCCCUUUUCCUUAGUUGCUUUCCACUCUCUUCUGUUUUUUAAUUUAUUCUCAUUUGUGAUUAGAUUUAAAAAUAAAUUUUUCUUGAUAUCACAAUCCUAAAGAUUAAGAAAUUGAAAAUACAGUUAUUAGUAUAAAAAAAGAAGGCGUGGCAUUGCACGCAAAGUUUUUCUCUACAUAGCACAAAAGAAAAUUCAAUGAAUUUAAAAUAAUUUUAUUACUGCAUUUAAAAUGCAGUAAGAUAUAUGGUAUAAAUUCUAAAUUUGAAAAAAAUGCAAUGAAUAGUUACAGAAAUAAUGUGAAAAAAUUAGAAGAUAUCAGAUGUGCCAAACGAAUACAUUGUCACAUUUUAAAAAAAUGAUAAUUUGUAGAAUUAUUUGAGAUAGCCUUAGUUUUUUACUCUUUUUAAAAUGUACCAUGUUGGUCUGCCCAUAUCAUUUCCAAUCAAUGAUGAAUUUCUUUUGAUUUGCACAAAGAAAAUUUGGAUUCCACCCUUGCUACAUAUUCAGACAUUUAUUACUAAUUCAAAUGUGAAUUGCAUUUAAUAUAUUGUCUUUCAUUUAAAUAGUUUUUAAUUUGGCCAUUUAAUUUUAAGGCAUAGGUUAAAUAUCCUUAUUCAUGUAUUUCUUUAAUACAAGGGAAUUUUUCAGUACUCUUCAUUUGAAUCAAAUGUUGUAAAGAGUGUUUAAGAAGAGUUUUUGUAUCAAUAUUUUAGUUGGUUUUAUUGCUACAGUUUCCAACCAUUAAUUUGCUUGGUGUUUUCUUCCCCAUUUAUAUCUUCAUGUGACUUAAGUGAACUUAGAUUUACUUCUAUUUUUCAACCAUAGUAUAUCUGAAUUUACGUUUAGAAAUUAGACAUUUUCAUAAUUUGGUAAUUAUGUUAAGUAUCAAACUUUCAUAGUUUUACAUACUUGAAUACAUUUUGUAUAGUUCUGCACAUUUUUUUAAAAAGCAUUGUACGGGGCGCCUGGGUGGCGCAGCGGUUAAGCCUCUGCCUUCGGCUCAGGGUGUGAUCCCGGCGUUCUGGGAUCGAGUCCCUCAUCAGGCUCCUCCG